AAAUAAAGCUGAAGUAAUACCAUCACGAAAAUAUCCCAUAACAAGCUUCCUAUUGAGUUUGUCAAUAUGAUAUUCAAUCAAUUGUCAAUGGAUAUAUUGUGGUUGUUCAGCUUAUCAAACAGAAAUGUGAUUACAUUUGCAGCAUCAUCAUUACUAUUCAGAGAUGUAUUACUAACCAAUCUGCCUAUUAUCAAUGAACAACAAUUUUUUAAGAUUCGCUUCGAUCAUCCCGCAUCUAUUUGAGUCCAAUAUAUUUAGCUUUUGCACAGUUUGGAGAAUGUAUUUUGAACAACUAGAUGAAACAAGAAGCUUUGAUAUUCUCUACCAACUAACAAAGAGUGCAAACAAAAUAGAACAUUUUCAGGUCUUUGUUAAUGCUUUCAAGUCGCUUAAAAACACAAAAUUGACUUGUAUUAGUAACAUUGCAGAGCUGAUAUUAAAUAACUCAAAAUAUUUAAAGAAUACCACCAUUUACCUUGGAUGUCCAGACUGGUCUCGUUUGCCAGGAGUCUUGAAAUCAUCUCAUACUAAACUUCAUGAUUCACAUACAACCGACUAUCAUCAUUUUAAUAAUUCAAUUCGUUGUCUUUAUGAAAGCUUCAUUGAAAUAAAUUCAAAUGAUUGUUUCUAUUUUUUUACAUUUACUAAUAGCAUCAUUCAUGAAUUUGCUUUAAAAACUAUGGCAUCUUUUUUUACAGAUAUAUUCAAACUUAUUCAGGACUACCCAGAUGUAAUUGGAAAUGCUGAUAAACUAUUUAAUCUAAAGAGGUUAACAGUAUUCUAUAAACACAGAAAAAUAACUCAAUAUCUAGACAAUUUGGUCAAUCUAGAAUAUUUGGAUUUAUCAAAUAAUUGGCCAAUUGAGAGGUUUGAAAACUUAGAUAUGCUAACAAAUUUAAAAAAAUUAUUAUAUAACGAUAUCUCAGAUUUUGAAAAUCUAGACAAUUUUGAGAAUCUGAACAAUAUGUUAAAUCCGUAUUAUUCUGGUUUAUCAUUUAGGCGCAGUAUUAGGAAGAUUCAAAAUUUAGAUGCUUUGGUUAAUCUCAAAACUCUUAACUUGUCUAACAAUCGUAUCACCAAAAUUGGAGGAUUGUCGAAAUUAACUAAAUUGAAGGAUUGUCGAAAUUAACUAAAUUGAAUGAAUUAGAUCUUAAUCAGAAUUUGAUUGUUAAAAUCGAAAAUUUGCUCACUUUGGUUCAUUUAAAUAAAUUAAACUUACUGAAUAACAAAGUUUCUGAAAUUCCAAAUAUGUCAAAACUAAAAAAUUUGGAAGCUAUUAUUUUGGAAGAUUAUAGGACCAUUCAAAAAAUGAAAAAUGUUAAAAAAUUCCUACAAUCGAUUUAUGAUAAAUU